AUGUCUGACGAAAAGGCAUUUACCUCUGGUGCCGAUGCGCCCUUCUCUUCUCACAAUGAGAAGGAGACCGCGGGCCGAUCCCCCUCUCCCGAACCACGGCUCGACGCUACUGGUCGUCCCAAGGCCGCUGCCCUCAAUCUCGUAGAGAACCCUCUAAAGCACUUCACCCCAGAGCAGACCGUCCUAGAUGCCCAAGGAUUUGCCGAGCAGCAUGGGUUGACUGAGCACGCUGGUCUCUUUGGCCGUGCCGCUCUUGUUGCGCGCGCCGGUGACAACUUCGAGUCGAUUACCGAGCUUGAUGAGGCUGAGCGUGCUGCCCUCAUAUACGAGAGAGAUCACAAAUGGCACGGACCCAAGAUGCUCUGGUAUUCAAUUGCUCUGUGUGCGAUGGGUGCUGCCACCCAAGGUUGGGAUCAAACUGGUUCCAAUGGCGCCAAUUUGUCCUUCCCCACGGAAUUUGGAAUCGACGGAAAGGGCAAAGAUGAAUGGAUCGUGGGAAGCAUCAAUGCUAUCAUCUUCUUGACUGCCGGUCUUAUUGGUGCUUUCAUCGUGGAUCCUCUCAACAAGUACUUGGGCCGAAGAGGCGAGAUCUUCCUCACUGCUUGCUGUCUUACUGCCACCCCAAUUGGUUCUGGUUUCGCAAAGUCAUGGCAUGGACUGUUCGCGGCGCGAUUCGUCAUGGGUAUCGGCAUUGGUGCAAAGAACGCAACAGUCCCAAUCUACUCUGCUGAAAUGGCCCCUGCCCGAAUUCGUGGUGCUCUCGUCAUGUUCUGGCAACUUUGGGUUGUAUCAGGUAUCUUCUUGGGUUUUGCUGCCAAUGUCAUUGUCAAGGACACCGGUCGCAUCUCCUGGCGUCUCCAGCUCGGUUCCGCAUUUAUUCCGUCCUUCAUCCUCAUGCUGGGUAUCUGGUUCUGUCCCGAGUCCCCUCGUUGGCUCAUGAAGCAUGGACAAAUUGCUAAAGGAUUCCGUUCCAUGGUGAAAUUGCGUGCCCAUCCCAUUAUCGGUGCCAGAGAUUACUACUACUCGUACGUCAUUUACGAGGAGGAAUUGAAGGUGGCAGGUGGCCUGAACUACUUUACCCGUCUCUGGGAUUGUUUCCGCAUCCCUAGAAUCAGACGUGCCAACUACGGUGCCUCGACUGUCAUGCUUGCUCAACAGAUGUGCGGUAUCAACAUCAUCUCUUUCUACAGCUCAACCAUUUUCGAAAACGUCGGCUACUCACCAACUCAAGCCUUGUACGCGUCUCUUGGUUAUGGUGCCAUUCAAGUCGUGUUCACUAUCCCUACUUUGUUCUUGAUUGAUACCAAAGGCCGAAGAACUUUGACAAUGAUUACUUUCCCCCUUAUGUGCCUCUUCCUCUUGGCUGCUGGUCUAUCUCUUCUCAAGACAGAUGGGAGCAAGGGGGCACGAAUCGGUCCAGUUGUCUUAUUCGUCUACCUCUUCACCAUUUGCUACUCCUUGGGAGAAGGACCAGUCGCUUUCCAGUACUCCGCCGAGGUAUUCCCCACCAUUCAGCGUGAGCAAGGAAUGGCUUGGGCAGUCUGCAUCAACAACACUUUCGCCGGUAUUCUCAGUUUGACAUUCCCUCGAAUGCAGACCGUCAUGACUCCAACAGGUGCUUUCGGUUUCUAUGCCGGGCUUAAUCUCAUAGCCUGGGGUAUGAUCUUCUGUUUCGUGCGAGAGACGAAGCAGCUCACCCUAGAAGAAAUCGACCAGGUCUUCUCGGUCCCAACAAAGACUUUCCUCAAUUACGAGACGACCGUAUGGCUUCCAUACUUCUUCAAACGUCACAUUUUCCGCCGCAACAUCCCCAAGCCACCGCCAAUCAUCGCGAGGGGCGAGAAGGUUGAGGAGGUUCCUGUCGCGUAA